CAGCAUUUACGAAGUAAUAAACUGGUUAAGUCACUGAAUAAAAAUGAAAACCUUUCCCCAUUCCCUAUUCGGUAUUUCACUUUUAAUCUUUUUCUUCGCUGAUGAUACUGAUGCCUUGAUGAGAAAUCAUUGUGCAAAAAGGGCAAAAUGCUUUGCUUGCGCUGAAGAUCCAGCCGUCAGACGGGAAUACGGUCAUUGUAAAAUGUUAUCCACCCAAAUGGACAAAGAUUUAUCAGAAAAAUGCAUGAAAGAGAUUAUUCCUGAUGCAAAGACCGAAGACGAUCAAUGGCAAUCUAUUUGCAAUUCAGAAGAAGUAGCAGAAAAGCUUGUAAAGUGUGUAAAUGAAGAUCCUGAAUCUCCAAAACAGCUUUCUGGAGAUGAGAAGAAACAUUAUGAAGAGUCCAUGGUAUGUUUUAAAAUUUCAUAUUUACUUUAA